UUAGUUUGCUUUGUUCUUUUGGUUUCCAAAGCUCAAGAGACCAGUGGCUGCCUAAGUUCCACAUCGUCCAAUCAGGAGAAGCGCCUCGUUGUGUUCUCAUUCUGGACACUUCUGGAAGCAUGAUGGGACAGUCGUUGAAUCAACUAAGAAAAAGCGCCUCUAGGUUUGUCCGGAACGUUGCGGACGGAACGUUCCUUUCUAUCGUUACUUUUGCAAACACAGCACGUGUAGCACUGCCAUUAACAAGAAAAAUGUCCGGUAACGUGAAGGAAAUCCAAGAUAAAAUUCCAGUAGAUGCUAUAGGCUCCACGGCUAUCGGAGAUGGUCUAAAGAUGGGACUGAAGGUCGUCGGGAACAUCACAGACGGGGCUCGUUUUCUGUUAAUAUCUGAUGGAGAUGAAAACAUUCCUUGCCAAGGUCCGUGUAUUGACGAUAUCUGGCAGGAUUUACAGAAUUCAGGCGUCAUUAUUGAUACGGUGGCUCUUGGAGUUGAAGCCUCGUCCAGGCUGGAGGAGAUGUCUUCCAAGACGGGUGGAAACUCACAUUAUAUCCCAUGUGAUCCUCAGAGGACGACAGAACAGUUCGAUAAACCGUUCUUCUACUUCAGUCAGAAAAUAAAGUCAGACCUGGACCAACCUGAAGUAAUGUUACCCAAUGUAGAAAGACUAGUGGGCGGAGACUGGGAGUCGUUUGAUGUUCUGAUUGACAGCUCCAUCGGUCGAAACACGAGAUUUAUUUUUAUUACAAGCAUGGUUGAAGACCUAGAAGUGGAACUCUCAUCGCCAGAACUUAAACAUUUCGGUUUAUCAGAUUCCCACUGGCACAUUUCUCCAGAAGAAAUGAUUGUGUUUGACUUUCCAAAUGCUGAGGCAGGAUUGUGGCGAGUUAACUUGCGGUUUCGUAAGGGAAGUGACAGAGUUCUAACAGUUGUGAGGUCUGAGCCCCGAAACUUCACCAGUCAGAUAAUUUCAGUAGACACGUGGACAGAAAACGACAUCAGGGAUAACCAGGACGUUGUUGUGAUAAAAGCCAAAGUUAGUACCAACAAGGAACCUUUAGAGGGAGUAGCUGUAGAUGCUUUAGUAACGACACCAAACGGAGAAAGGAUGAAGCUCGAGAUGAUAGAAACCGAAGGCAAGAAUUUAUGUAUUCAACAAUUCUUUAAAACAGUGUUAUCUAAUUAUGUGAUCUUAGUUUCAAACAAUAUUAAAACAAUUUGCAAGAACUUGAAUAACAAAAGAAAAAUAAUAUUUUUCAGGGGUUUCACGUUUAGUUGA